UCCGUGCGGCAGAAUGACGGAUCUCCCGGUGAUGCUGUACGGUACCGUGGCGUUUCUGCUGCUGGUUCCAGUGCUCCAGUGGCUGAUCGGGCGGGUACGGUUGGCCCAAAUCUACGACAAGAUUCCCGGUCCGCGAGCGUAUCCCUUCAUCGGUACGCUGUAUUUGCUGUACGGCAAGAAACCCCACGAGAUAUUCACGACGAUCGAUCAAAGGACGCGCCAGUACGAUGGCAUACACCGCAUCUGGGUCGGCAUGACACCGGAGGUGCGGCUUAGUAAGGCUGAGUACGUGGAGCAGAUCAUCAGCGCGAGCAAGCACACGGAGAAGGCGAACCUGUACCGGUUUCUGGCCGACUGGCUUGGUGAGGGUCUGCUCACGUCCAAAGGCGAACGGUGGUUCCAGCAUCGGAAGCUCAUUACACCGACGUUUCACUUCAACAUCCUGGAUGGGUUUUGCGAGGUGUUCGCUGAGAACGGGUCCGUGUUGGUGGAACGUUUGCGGCCUCAUGCCGGCACCGGCCAGCCCGUGAACGUGUAUCCUUUUGUGACGAAAGCCGCGCUGGACGUAAUCUGUGAGACGGCGAUGGGCGUGAAGGUGAACGCGCAAACCGACGACGGGCAGGACAACGCGUACGUGAACGCCGUCUACGAAUUAAGCUCACUGUUUCUCGAGCGGCUCGUACGGCCGUGGUUGCAUCCGGACUGGGCGUUUCGGCGAUCUGCACUGGGCCGGAAACAACACGCCCUGCUAGCCGUACUGCAUGGGUACACGCGAAAGGUGAUCCACGAACGAAAGCAAACCCUGCAGGCAAAUGGCACCGGUGGAAACGCGAACGAACGCAAUCAAUCCGCGGAGGGCGAGUUUGGAAUGCGCCGGAAGCGGUUGGCCUUUCUCGAUUUGCUGCUUCAAAGCGCCACCGAUACCGGGCUGCUUACCGACGAAGACGUCCGCGAGGAGGUCGACACGUUCAUGUUCGAGGGCCACGAUACGACCACCGCUGGCAUGAGCUGGGCGUUGUUUCUGCUCGCACUUCAUCCGGAGGUGCAGGACCGCGUGCAGCAGGAAAUUGAUUCCAUCUUUGCCGGAAGCGACCGACCGGCCACGAUGCGGGAUCUAAACGAGAUGCGGCUGCUCGAGCGGUGUCUCAAAGAGACACUCCGGCUUUACCCGUCUGUGUCCUUCUUCGGACGGACACUGAGCGAAGACGUCACGCUUGGUGGUUACCACGUUCCGGCUGGGACGAUCAUCGGCGUUCACACGUACAACGUGCACCGGGACGAACGAUUUUUCCCCGAUGCGGAACGCUUCGACCCAGAUCGGUUCCUGCCGGAGCACACGGAACGCCGGCAUCCGUACGCGUACAUCCCGUUCAGUGCCGGGCCACGGAACUGCAUCGGGCAAAAGUUCGCUCUGCUCGAGGAGAAGAGCCUCGUGUCGGCGAUCCUGCGCCGCUACCGGAUCCGCUCGGUUCGGACACGCCAGGAGCAGCUUAUCGUGAACGAGCUCAUUACCCGCCCGAAGGAUGGCAUCCUGCUGUAUCUGGAGGAGCGAAACCGCUAGCCGAUACGGUGCCACGGUUGGUCCCGCGAGCGUGGGCAAGGGCAUUAAACGCUUAAUAAAGCAGCUUUAAGACGGUCGAAGUCUGCGCGCCUC